AUGACGAGCUGGAAAAGUCACCUCCGCUCGCAGCUCAGCCGCAGGGACCGCACUGAGAAGCUGCCCUUCACUGGCGUCUUCACCCGCUUAAGUGAGACUCAGGAGCGUUUCGAACUUCGCUGUCAAAUAUGGGAGGAGAUGCACUCCAAAAGCCUAGAAAACGCUGAAGUUGAUGAUGGGAGACAGACCAAACUCCUUCACCUGCAGCUGAGAGAGAGUGAACACCUAGCAGAGAAGCUUUCUCAGACAGUCUCGGACCUGACUGCUGUCCUGUAUUUAAAAGAGGCUGAGAUACAAUAUUGGCAGUCACGUGUGAGCCACUUCCACAAAGAGGCCCUGCGUUUGGCAAAGGGCAGCAACAGAAUGAAGUCUGUCCUGUCGGAGUAUGAGUUCACAGUGGAGUGUCAAGGGAAGGAGCUGGUGUCUCUGCAGAAGGAGAAGGAGCGGCUCAAGGAGACGCUGGCUCAGGUCCAGAGGGAGAAUGACCAGCUGCUGCAGUGCUGGAUGGACAGGAGGAGAGAGGAGGCCUACAGGGUCAAUGAGUAUAACAACACACAAGAGAGGUGGCACCGGGUGCUCAGACACAUGAAGAAACACAAGGAAAAGCCCGGCACUCCUGAAAUCAUGCAGACUGAGGCUACAGAGACACAAGCCCAGAGUAAAACUCAGUGA